UAAUGCCUAAGAGAACUUCCGACCAAACUGUACAAAACAAGGAGACAUCCCCCAAAGAGGUCAGCAAUGCAAUGAAACUAACACGAGAUGUGAUGCUUGAAUCUCAGUCAAGAUAUUUUUUUGGCAUGAACAACACAAUUGACGGAUUUCUAAUUCCAUGACAGGUUGAUGAGAAUCUGUUUCGUUUUGAGGGAAAUCAAACAGACAGGUUAAAAGAGAAUGCUGAUUCAUCAGAUAGUGAAGAAAGCUACUACUCCGGACUAGAAAGCGAGUCAGAAACAUCAGAUGAUGAUGAUGACGACGACGAACAGGACUCUAAUUCAGUGAGAUUUCUUUACUUGAUGUCCAGUCACUUCUUGGCAUGCAAAAAAUUUACAGUUCAGAUCAUCCCACGUUACCAUAUCAGUGUUAAAUGAAUGAGUUAGAGGCAAUUCUAAAUUUUUCUCCUCCUUCAGGGAGAAGAGGCAACAAGUGGCAACGAGUCUUCUAGUGAUAGUGACAAUUAUGAAAAGAAUGAUGAUGGCAAUGUGACAGAGAAAUAUAAUAGUGAGCCAAACAAAAAUGAAGAAGAUGUGGUGAAGAAGAAAGUAAAAGAGUCAGUUGAUGAAGAUAACACAUCUGACGAGGAGGUAGAUUUAGGAAAAGAUGUUGUAUUAAUCAAGAUCUCCAUCUAUACUUAAUAAUUCUUUUACUUUAUUUAUCCAAGGACUAGUAGUAGGGAAACUUAAAAUUUUCAUUUCCCUUAGAUUGUGGGCAGGUUGACUUAUUUUUAGAUGAAGUAACUUCUUGAGUGUGAGCAAAUUUGUUGUGAGCAAUUUUGAAUUUCAAAAAAUUGAUUCAUGUUCAUUCUUACAUCUCUUUCUCUGAUUUUUACCAUCUAAAUCCCCUCUUUUUUUACACUAGGAUGCAUGUAAUACCAUUGGAAACAUUCCUGUGGAGUGGUAUAAUGAGUAUCCUCACAUAGGCUACAACUUGGAUGGACAAAGAAUAUUGAAGCCUGCUACUGCUGAUGAGGUUUGUAUCCUAAACAGCAUCAGUGUUCUGAUGGUUUUCCCAAAAGCCCUCAGAAUCUGUAAAAUCAAUUAGGAGAUCCCUUUAAAUAUCAAAAGAACAAUACAAGUUCAGUUAAACUCUAAAAUCCGAAAUCCAUUUUUUUUUGGCAAAUUAAAACAUACUGCCUUUAAUUCUUUUAACUUUUAAAUCACUUGAAUUAACCAAUGAGCAUGUACCUGAAAUUGAACAAUAAAAAUGAAGCAAAGUCUGUGAUUGCACAUGUGAGGGGGCAAGUGUUAACUGAGUUCUUCAAAGUAUUUUAUCAAUCCCAUGAAUGCAGAGCAAAAAGCAAACAGCACUGUUUAAGUGAAAAUGACAGGAAUUUUAGGGCAAGUUGAAUUUAAAAUAUAUUUUUUCUUUGCUAGUUGGAUCAAUUCUUGUCUAAAAUGGAUGAUCCUAAUUAUUGGUGAGUGUUGCAAUUAUUUGAAAACUGAAGACUUAUACUCUACAUGCCAGUUGUGUGAUUACAUUAUAUAUUUGUGUAAUUGUUCACCAGCACUUAAAUAGUUAAAUAAAGUGACGAAAGCUAUGAUGAUUGAUGAUAAAUCUUUCAUCAUUAAUUAUAUUUAUUAUGUAUUAAUUAAGCUGGAGUAAAUUAUAUGCUUAAACCUUUUAUAGGCGAACAGUCCAAGAUAAAUCAACCAUGAAAGAAGUUGUUCUAAGUAAUGAAGAGUUGGAUAUUAUUGAUAGACUUCAAAAUUCUAAGUUUCCAAGUGCUGGAUAUGAUCCUUAUGAGGUAUGCUGUAAAGAAUUGGGUUGAUUUAGGAAUCAAAAAAGAAAAAAACAACAGCAAUGGGAAUGUACAUCAUUGUUACCUUUUAGAGCUAUAUAUGCUUGAUUAACUUUACGUUUUUUCUGUUGUAGUUGCAAAGAAAUACUGUUUGAAGUAUGCAGGCAUAUAUUACUGGGCCAUAUAUGUUUAAAUGGGGAACAUGAAUUAAAUCCCAAUGACUGAGCACUACUAAUGAUCCAAUAAUAAUCUGUACAUUUGGGGUUGUCAGUUUUUUCCUGGCUUUUGAAUGUGUAACUGCUUGGUUUUUGUUGGAGUAUUAAAAUAAGCUUUUUUUAGCAUAUACUCAUGGUUAGAAUAGUAACACUUGAUUUGGCUUUACUGUUAGAAUCCCAAAGUUGCAUGAACAAGAAACUACUGCAGCAUUUGCAUUUUGUGUAGGAAAAAAUAGUACACACUCAUGUAAGCACAAUGCAUUAAAGAACUCUUGUGAGUGUCUAAAACCAACCAACUCUUAUAUACAGUAUUACUUUAUUUUCUUCUAAUCAGCCCUAUGUAGAUUUUUUCACUGGUAAGAAGAUGAUACAUCCUUUGACUAAUGCUCCUGAACCCAAAUCACGUCACAUUCCAUCCAAAUGGGAACACAAGAGGGUAAGGUAGUCAUUUGUUCACUUGUUGUGGUAAUAUAUAUUUAUACAUGGAAAGGAAGGAUAUACUUGCCUCCAACAUUUUUUUAGGCAACCCAGAGUUCAAAAUUUGUUCAUAAUAAUUUGGCAAUUGUCUUUGAUCUUUAAAGCAGAGAAAGGUUGGAGUCAGAGAGAAAAACUUCUUCAGAGAGUGUGGAGGUUUAGCAGGGAAAUAAUAGGGAGGGGGAGUGAGAAAACUGUCUCUGUUGUGUUUUGUUGUAUAGACUAUGUUUAUUUUUUAGCAAUGAAAAUUAUUUUUGGUUAAUUUUACAGUUGUGUACUAAAUGAGUAAGUUUUGUUCUUUCUGUGAGCCAGGUUAUAAAGAUUGUCAGAGCAAUUAGGAAUGGCUGGAUAAAACCCAGGAAAGAUGAAAAGACUGAUAAACCAAGGUAUUAUCUGAUCUGGGAUAAAGAUGACAACCAGGUAAAUGCAUCUUUGAUGUUACUUUUUAGCUUCUGUUAAAGGGAAAUAGAGUUAAUUUAAUUUGACUUAAGCUACUACUUUCUUAAGUAAAUUAGGAUAGAGAAAAAGUUGAAUGAAUUCCAGUGGUUUUGUUGUAACACAAUACUAUAUAGAAAAUGGUCUAUUAUCAAGAUAUUUUUGGGUUUGUCAAACUUUUUCCUUACUGAAGUUUGCUCAACAAUUGACUACUUUUAUAUAAUGUUUAUUGUUUGUUUUGUCAAGGCGAAACCAAGACACAACAUGCAUAUUCCUGCACCUAAAAUGAAACUCCCAGGUACUAUGAAAUGAAUAAAACUUAAAUGAAUGACAACUGUUGUUAAAGAUGUUCAUUCAUGAUCAUCUUGUUUGAAUGUUUAUCUCAUGCCUUAGACUGUCUUAUAGUAAGAAUUGCAUCAGACUACCAAUUAAUGGUAGUGGUGGUCAGAUGAUUUUGAAUCAGGUCAUUGCUAAUUUUACAUUGACCAUCUUUCAAGAAUCCAAAUUUGACUUUCCUUGAUAUUUCAUGUUAAGUGGCUGUGAAUUUUAUUUAUUUCAGGCCAUGAGGAGUCUUACAAUCCUCCACCAGAAUACUUACCAACUAAGGAAGAGGUAAGGGAAAUGAGAUGAAUUGUUUCUUAGCUAACAAUGUAUGCAUAUAUUUUUUUCAUUGACUAAUGGUCUUCUCACAAGUAAUGCAGACCAUGGUCCUGAAAUUUGUUUCAGUGCCAUCUGUGGCUAAGGGGAAAAAAGCAAGACCUGGAGGAAAAAGGACUUGUUUACUGGUCUGGGUUGGUCCAUAUGGGAAAAAACUCUGCCCUUGGUUUUGAGUACAAUUCUCUCUCUCUUACUGACCCUCCCACCAAGCAAAUAACAAACAUGUCUUGACCAUUUUUUCAACACUGAGUUUCCUGCUCUCUUGUCCAAUACACCAUGACUGUUCAUAUUGUUAAGAUUAUUGUACAUCCUACAAUUUAUUCACAUAAUUAUUUAAAUGAUUUGAUUAUUUGUUACUUUUGCAAACAAUUGAGAGGGUUUUUGAUUGUUUAAAAUUACAGUAAUGGUAGCAAUUUUUUUUUCUCCAAAGAUUGCAGUAUGGGAAGCCAUGGAUCCUGAUGAAAGACCACAAAAUUUUCUUCCUAAAAAGUCAGUUGCUUUAUAUAACAAUGCUUUUGUAAAAGGUUUCACAACAAACCACUUUUGUUACUUCCGUUCUUAAAAUUUUUUUUGAUGUCUAGUGGUCUCACUUCUCCACUCUUGCAAAAUCAUUACAAAAACAGCAAAAGAAGUUAACCCUUUAAUUCCUAAGAUCUGAUUGUUAAUUCUCCCAUCUAGCUGUUACACAUUUCCUUGUGAUUUAGUUAAAAGAAUUUGGUGUUAUAUCAUGAUAACAACCUCUAACUGAUAAGUUUGAGUAAUCUUGUUACCUGUUUUUUGGAUAGUGUAUGGAUAUUGUUGGGAGAAGUUACAUGUAAAUCACUUCUGGAAGCUUAAGGGUUUACAAUGUCAUGUGCAAGUCUCUAGACCAGCAUUUCUUAAAAAUAUUGCCAAGUGAAAAUCAAACCUUACAGUUACCUGAAUGAAAAUCGUAGAUAACAGGGGCAUGGCAUACAUACUAUGUAGCAUUGAGUAACCCUUUAACUCCCAGAAAUGAUCAACAUGCGACUUCUCCCUGUAUUUUCCAUACAUUAUCCGACAAACAGGUAAUGAGGUAAGAGUUGUUAUCUUGAUCUAAAACCAAAUUCUUGGAACUAAUUUACAAUAAAGGAAAGUGUAGCAGCAAGAGGGGAGAAUUAACAAUCAGAUCUUGGGAGUGAAAGGACAAAAAGGACCUGAAUUUGGCAAUAUCUUAAUUGUCAAUCAUAACUGUCGCUGUUUACUACAUGUAUAAAUUAAGCACUACAUGAGUUAAUGCUAGUUUAUGAAAUAAAUUUUAUAUGUUCCUUUAUUUUUAGGUACUCAAGUCUCCGCCUUGUUCCAGCUUAUAAUAAGUUUAUCCAAGAACGUUUUGAGAGAUGUCUGGACUUAUAUCUCUGCCCAAGACAAAGAAAAAUGAGGGUGAGGCAUUCCCACUCCAGGCACUAACCACUACUUGUCAGCAACAAAUGUUGUUAAAGAAGUGUGAACAUUCAUCAAAAUUCUGGAGUAAUGUCCCUAAUGAUAUUUGGUUUUUUUUGUUUGUUUGGAGUAGGUCCAAGUAAAUCCAGAAGAUCUUUUACCAAAACUUCCCAGGCCAAAAGAUUUGCAGCCAUUCCCGUCAACGGAAUCUAUUGUAAGUAUAAAUCUUGCAUUUUGUGUAAACAUAAUGUUUCAGUUCACUUACGCGUAUAACCAGUGAAAAAUGCACUGUAUAUUUAUACACUGUCACCCUUAAUAACAAUUGGUUCCUCAAACAAAACUGAUCAACAUAUUUUUCAGCGUUAGUCCUUCGUCAGAGCCUUUCUAACGAAGGGCUGACGCUCGAAUUGUGCGCUUUAGAAACUUUUUACGGUGGCCAAUUUACGUUUAUAGACUUAAAACCAAGUCAUCUUGUAAUGCCUUCCACAGACGCUGCACCACAGUUUCUUUAGAAAAUUAACCCCUUCCUUUCAAUAAAUUUAUAGUUUAUUGAACACACGUUCUGCUGUAGUUCAAUUGUGUGUGAAACUUAAUUCAUAUUUGUUCAUUAGCGUUGUAGUCGAACUUCUACCUCGUUCUGAUGUGCAUGUAUUUUUCAGGUGUACAAGGGUCAUACAGGUGUGGUGCGCUGCCUCGCUGUCGACCCCACGGGACAAUGGAUAGCGUCUGGUAUGUGGGCUAAAAUUCAAUACUUUACUUGCUAUCCAUACAGUGCAAUCACAGCGUAUAGUUAACCCUUUAACUCCCAGAUCAAAUUUGUAAUUCUCCUUACUGUCACCCAUACAGUUCUUAUAAUGUUAGUUCAGAGAAUUUAGUAUUGAAUCAACUAAUUAUCCCCAAAUUGAUUUUUUUUCUUUAUACUCAUCACUUAUCUGGUUGAUAUUUAAUGGAUAUUGUAAGGAGAAAUUCUGACUUGGUCAGUCAUGGGAGUUAAAGGGCUAAGUACACGCAGCGAAGUUUCUAUAUUAUAGACUCAUUUGAUUCUUACUUUGCUGUCAGGAGGCGAUGACAAAGUUGUGAAGUUCUGGGAAGUGUGCACAGGACGAUGUCUCAAGACGUUGCAGUGUGGUGGUACUGUGAACAGUAUGGCAUGGAAUCCAAACUCCUUCCUGAUGCUUCUGGCUAUUGCCGUGUAAGUGGCAAGUUAAAAAUUGUUGCUUGCUUGCGGAGAAGUGAAAUACAUAGGUUCGUCGUCAUCAUCAAUAUUCCUUCAUCUCCUUAUGGAGAGAGAUUUGGGCACCAAAAUGAAUUUUAGAUGUGACGAGAAACGCUUUCUCCUUUUUAAUGUCUACCUAAUGUGAAUUAACAUUAAAAAAAACCCGCACCAAUGCGAAUUCAACAUUGGAAUGACUACUCAAUUUCGUAUCGCGUUUACAAAUGCGUCUGUUUUCUCCUCGUCCGCCUUGAAGAAGCCCUCUUGGAUUGACGGAAUUCGCGCCGGUGCUAUUAGUUCCAGUCAACGGUAGGACCUAUUUCUCUACCCUAACGAGCGGUUGGUCUGCGUUUUCGUGAUACUGUUGCGAGAUUUCCCAACCAGUGGGAUUCGUUCUGGUGUGACAUUCUCUAAUGAUAUCAUGUGAAAGAAUAUACAACCAUGAAGAAGAACCACGGAGAACUUGGGCCGGCACAAAAAUGCCCUGUAUCAGGUUAACACCUGUCUUAAUUUGAACACCUCUCUGUUUUUCUUUACAGCGAACACAAAGUCGUCAUUAUCAAUCAUUAUCUUGGUUGCAAAGAGUUGUGUGAAACGACGGAUAAAUUAUUUGCUAUUCCUAUAGGAGAAGGUACAAUUCUAAUUAUGGGCCUAAGAUGUUUGUCAGAAUGUUUUCAGUCAUGUGGCUCUGUUUUAUUGCACACUCCUUUUCACUUUGGACUGAAUCUCAUCUUUUUACUUAUCUUUUCACAGCUGAGAAAGAAUCUGGCGUACAGUGGUCAGUGGCUAUAGGGGAAGACUACAGAAAUGGAGAACGUUUAGUUUUAAAACACAGCAAGGUAAUGUUGUCGUUGAAAAGAGCAGCCUUAUCCUUGCACUCGUGACUGGGCCAAUCAGCUUGGAAGUUGUACCUUUUUAGCCAAUAAAGUAUUUUCAUGGAAGUUGUUCCUGCACAUUGAAGCCACGCUUGCUCGCCGUCGUCAUACCCACCCUUGCUUAAAACUUGCAUCCCAGACUUGUUAUGGUAAAACUUGCCAAGGACUAAAAUUUCUCAGUAGAGAUGGCCACAAAAGAACAGAUUUCAUGGAGACUGUUAAAGGUUUAAGUAAGUUUAAACCUUUUUAAGCAAGUUUUUGAUGUUUCAACAGGUCAUAUCGCAGAUAACAUGGCAUGGAAAGGGAGACUAUUUGGCGUCGGUUGUACCCCAGGGUGAGAGAUUAACUUUGACCUAUUUUGAGGAAGAUCUUCCACAAAAACGAUAUGCUUUCUGCGUUGUAUAUGUCUUUCCAUUGUCCUGAGGACUUUUUCUUCUUUUGGAAUCUCGAUAUGUUUUGCUGAAACAGUAUUCAAACUUUUUGUUAUAUCUCCAAGGUGGCAACAAAUCUGUGUUCAUCCACCACAUACCAAAACGUCGAAGUCAGGUACGUGAAGCCUCCGAUCAACUUUUGAGCGGUUGAAAAAUAUACAUUUGUCCGGUGGUUUCAAUAAACUUUUUCAUGAGCGACUGCUGACGGUGUAAUGCGCGAGCUGUGACUGGAAGGGGCCGUGAGGCGAAACCCGUGAGCCUGCUCGCAGCUGAACAGACGACAGGUCUUACAGGCCUUACUAACCAAUCGCUUUCAAUAUACUAUUGUUUAGCUGUAGGAAGAACUUUCCUUUUUAUCACUAGCAAAGCUCCACUUAUCGAGUUGAUAUUCUCGUCAUAUUUCAGUGUCCCUUCAAGAAAUCCAAAGGUUUAAUCCAAAGAGUGUUGUUUCACCCGACGAGACCAUUUCUUUUUGUCGCUGUAAGUAUUGUAAACUGUGGAAUUGGUGACAAUUGUUUCUUGUACGUUGAUUCUACUUGUAGGAUACUUCAGUUAGGUUUAUGAAUGCAGAAAAUACGUAACACCAUUCGGAUUUUUAAGUCGCGGCUCAUGCUUUGGAAAUGGUGAUUUGAUGAAUGGUGGAUUAUUACUUAUGGUGAAUGUAUGAAGAAAUGUCUCUAUAUUUUGUUUUCAUCUUAGAAUCCCCACAAGUCCGGACAAAAAAAGUAGCCGCCGUAAUGUCAGUUCCAUCAACUCCCGACCAAUGCGCACUAUCCCGCAAAUAGGCGACAAAAACGCGAAAAUCGAUGAUCUGUUCAUAGCUCCAACAACUUGUAAAACUCAAGCGAAACUAUCACAGUUCUGAAACUGUUAAAUAUUUUUUGUGAGCAUACGAACACAAAGUUACCUGAUUUUCGUUUCUACACCUACUUUGCCUUCUUUCUUCAGACACAGCGAUUUAUCAGAGUCUACGACCUCAUCAAACAAGAGCAAACGAAGAAACUUGUGUCAAACGUGAAGUGGAUCUCCAGUAUGGCUGUGCAUCCGAAAGGUACGCUUCCCUCAAGUUAAAAUCAUUCUCUGAAAUCUCUAAAAACUAAGAUGUCCAGUAAAUGUUAUUUUCGGGGCAGUUUAUGUGAUAUUUUGGUGGACUUGGCUUGCAGCCGUUCCCGUUUCCAAGCGUAAUCUGCUUACGUCAACAAAAAUCGGCGGGAAAAAUCGCCGUAUUCUCACGACGGGAUUUACGCUGAGGGGAAAAAUAGGUAGUGCUCCGAGAUUACUCUCAACUUAGAGAGACCACAAACGAAUACUUUGAUGAGACGGUGAAGCGCAAAAGAAGUGAUAAAAACUCAAGAUCUGAGAUGGAUCAAGGAUGCAUUUUGGAGGAAAAGAUUGUGCAAACCACGAGGUUGCUUUUACUCUGUUAAACUUAACAAUCGGUCUCAAGUUUUAAAUCACAAUGGUGAAGCAGACUUAUUUAUUACAGUUGAGCAGUGUUAUUUCCUUCCCGUAAAUGUCAAAGUUGUACUUGAUCCGCAAUCUUGAAUUUGUCGAAACUCGCUAGCAAAGGCUUGUGCAAUGUAGAAAUUUUUCAGUGUCUGAUUUAGAUAUACUCGAUUAAUUUCUUACAGGGGAUAAUUUGAUUGUGGGAAGUUAUGACCGUCGGCUAUGCUGGUUUGAUUUGGACUUGUCGACUAAACCGUACAAAACGCUAAGGUUGGUGAUCAUAUUUACUAGCAAAAUAUCUAUAUUUGCCCUGAUUACAGUAGCCGAACUGCUCCAACCUUUACAUUGUUGUUGUAAAAAAGCUGAAUUUAAACCCAAAUGUAAAGUAAGAGGUCCUUUGAGAAGAUCGAUCCUAGACCUUAUCUGCGCUACGCGGGAAAAAUUUUAAAAAGUAAGUUUAUUCGUUUGGACAUACCGUCAACACUAGUAUGGUUAAUUAUACUUUUAGAUAAUGCUGUCCAAGGUGGAUAUAUUUGAAAACGCUGUUUUUGCCUUUAACGGAGCUUUUCGAAUUACCACUCUUUGUAUUGUUGGGCGGGAAGAUUAGGACUUGAAUUACGCAUGCUCAAGGAAGCAUUUCAGCGUUUCUGCUCGUUGGUGAUCGUUGUAGUGUGUACUGUGACAUUCUAUCUGUUUUCUGGUGUGGACAGUUCUUGAAACCUUUUUUUCUUUUAAAUUCGAGUCGUAAAAUAACUUAAAGGAGAUCAGAUUUUAAAAUGGAGCGCAUUACAAUCGAGUGUUGUAUAACUAAAACCAAAGUAGUCACCACAGCUAAUCAGAGGAAAGGAAAAAAAUCACCAGGAGCCAAUGAAAAUACCGUAACGCAAAUUGCGCAGGCGCGAGAAAGUACAAGAGACCAAAUCGCAAUUGGGUUUAACUUUGAAUGUGAUUGGUUGUGAGAAUGGCGCAAGUUUUCUUGACCAAUCACAUAGCGAAGGAACCCAAAACCAAGGUUAUCCCGGAUUAUUUUUUACUACCAGUUGAGAAUUGUACCAGGGCCUAUGUGAUUAAUUGAAACGCUUAGCUCUCUUGGCAAGUCUUGCAAUGCCGAAUAAAAUCAUUCUUAACAUCAAUAUUUUUAGGAGUCAUAAAAAGGCCUUACGUCAGGUGGCUUUUCAUCGGCAUUACCCUCUGUUCGCAUCUGCCAGCGAUGACGGUACAGUUAUUGUUUGCCACGGACGAGUCUUCAAGUAAGUUACUGGUGAUCCUAACUGGCGAUUUCAUACUAUUGUGAACUUAACUCGCAGUAAACCGUUGCGAAGGACAUGUAAAGCAAUUACAACACUGAGUGAUGUUUCACUUGAAAUAAAAUAAUUAUUUGAAAUGCUUUUUUCCUGAUAGAAAUCAAGGGUCGUGGGUAAUCUUUCGUAACCGGUUAAGAGGCCAUUUUUUUUUACUCGCUGAACUAGAAAAAAGCUUCUUUUUUUAUAGUGUUGUAAACAGCACCGUUUUCUAUUUCCUUUUACGAUUUCUCAUCGAUAAAAAUAAUCCCGACAGGGAACGGUUCUUGUUGGACCAAAAUAUUUACCCUUGUCAGUAAAAUAUAGAAAUCUUCUCUCUACCUCGUCAGUUUUCCCGCGGCCUCGUAGAAAUUAAUCUUACACUGAAUAGUGGUAGUUCAGGUGAGGGUGCUCGAAUUAUUUGUCAGUGUAAGUUACCGACGUAUCACUGACUCUAGGGAAGUUGUCGUAAGAAUUAUUACACAAACCAUUUACAGUAAAAACAAUUUCCCUGAUUCUUUUCAGUGACUUGAUGCAGAAUCCUUUGAUAGUUCCCGUUAAAGUACUGAAAGGACAUCGGGUAGAAGGAGAGCUGGGUAAGCUAGUUCGCAACUUUAUCUGUUCUUCUUGUGCGCGAUGAUUUAACUCUUAACACAUCUUUUAUAUUUGCUCCUGGUUUUCUUGCACAACUUGUUCCACAUUUUUAUUUGAAUUUUAUUUGUUAAAGACGCCCUUUGGAGAAACGUGAACCCCUUGGAAUGGAGAACCUCUUCAUUGCAUCUUAUAACGCUCUGAAACCUUAUAAAGCAUCGAUAGGGGAUGUUGCCCUUUUCAAAACUUGGUGAACAUUGUUCUGAAUCUGUUGGCUGAAUCUGUUGGCUGUCGCCCAAUAGAAAUACGCGCGAGACUGAAUGAGCGAAAAAUAGCGAUGACCAUCCUCGUUAUUUUCUUCGCUCACCCGCCUCGACGCUUGUUUAACUUGCAGUUUAUUAAGUCGUGACAACCCUCCUUACGUCCCUUUCAGGUGUUGUGGAUUGUCAGUUCCAUCCAAAUCAACCAUGGAUUUUCACUGCCGGAGCAGAUCACCUCAUUCGACUGUACACGUGACAUCUCUUAUUACGCUCUUUUUAACAGUCACAGAACGACCAAGUCACUACGCGAUUUCGCUUGUUCUAACAUGCGCUAGAUUAUGCCUGUACAUUAAUGCGUCCAAAAAAAAAAACAGAUCGUGGCCUACGAAAUGCGAUCUUCCGUCUAAAAACACACUGAACCGAAGCUUUACUCUGGCUGGCAGCCAAUUGAUAUAUUUCUUCUUAAGUAACCAAUUGGCUAUUACAACUUCUGAAGCUUUAGAACUACGAGAAUUCUUGUUUAUGAACACUGUUACUUACAUGGUUCCACAUGAACAGUCUUCAAGACUGUUUAUGUCGGACAGUUUGGACCUUUGAAUAAAACAUUGUGUGUGGUACACCGAACAAGACUUCAUUUUUGCCUUAGUUCAACAGGUCAGUUUGAAGGUAUCAUAAUGCUGUCUCCAUAACUUAUUCACAGCCGUCUCUCUUGAUUCCUAUUAACUUCUACUCGCUGUUUUGCCACUCGUCAAGAGUCGGUGCUUAGCACGCAGGCACGAUGCAAACCUGUCUUUAGACUACGAGCAGCCUUUACUUUCGGUGAAAUUCGACGCGCAAGUUAAAAAAAAAUUAUUUUGGCACGACGCGCACCUACUUUUCGUGAGCCUGACUGCCAUAGUUCCGCGCGGCGCGCUAAC